AGAAACCAGGAAGUGGUUCCCCAGGGCAACAUUGAAAUCACCCACACUGGGAAGAAGGGAUGGACUCAAAAAAGGUGCAAGGUCUGCUUUAAAAGGGGGAUCGACCGGAUUGCACUAUUUAUUUUCCUUUUACCUUAAAACUAUUCCAGCACAAUCCAUAUUCCAGUAUGCUACGCCUUAAUUUAAUUGUACCGUGAAAGCAUUCCAGCAAAAUCCGUUCUCCAGUAGGCCCUGGACAGUCCUUCCCUUUUGAGCUCUGCCAUGUGCCCAGGCUGCAUAUGUCGUGACCCAGAGCAGUUACACCUUUGCUACUUGAACUCUGUUCGGGUGGUUUGAGUUCCCCAAUGUGCCCAUCUCUAUGAUAGGUCUGAGUCCAAAUGUAAUUCUGAUAUAAAAUUGUAUCUAAUGUGUUGUCAGCGUUAUCAGCAUACUGUCACUUUAACUGGUGUGCAAGGUAUAACUGUUUUCAACUGUAAGGGUAGGGUCAAAUGUAGCAUGUCCGCAGCAAUCCGCUACUACGAGCAGACACACAGUGAUCCGUGAAUUGCAUGCACAGUGUACUCGCAGCCGCUCUCGGCCUAGCUCAGGUAGCAACCAUGAUGUCUGUAAGUGAAGGUACUGGUUAUCCUCGGUGCUACACGUCUCCCUGUGAAAGACUAGUGUCUGGGGUCCCUUGGUGGGAUACUCUCCAGUCAGUGGCAUCACCACUAUACCCAAGAAAACACAGUGAUGGUUUCAUAAAGGCUAUAGGACCCACAGAGGCUAUACGUAGCCAAUUUUCACACGCAGAAUUUGAGACUGUAAUUGACUGCUCAGGAAAAUGUGUUCUGCCAGGCUUUGUAGAUGCCCACACCCAUCCUGUGUGGGCAGGUGACAGAGUGCAUGAAUUCACUAUGAAACUUGCAGGUGCUUCUUACAUGGACGUUCAUCAGGCUGGAGGAGGAAUAAACUUUACAGUGGAACAUACAGAAGCAGCUUCAGAAGAAGAACUGUUCCAUAGCUUUAAACAACGCCUAGAACGCAUGCUCAGGGCUGGAACUACUUUAGUUGAGUGCAAGAGUGGAUAUGGAUUGAAACUAGAUACAGAACUAAAGAUGCUGAGAGUGAUUGAACGAGCUCAAAGGGAAAUGGAUAUUGGCAUCUCCUCCACAUAUUGUGGCGCUCAUUCUGUGCCAAAAGGUAAAACUGCAAAAGAAGCCACAGAUGACAUCAUAGAACAUCAUCUUCCUGCCUUGAAGCAAAUGGCUUUAAAUGGAGAAAUUCAUGUAGACAAUAUUGACGUCUUCUGUGAAAAAGGAGUCUUUGACUUGGAGUCCACAAGACGGAUUCUAGUUGCUGGAAAAGCAAUUGGUUUACAUCUGAACUUUCAUGGAGAUGAACUAAACCCCAUGAAUGCAGCAGAGUUGGGCGCAGAGCUGGGAGCACUUGCUGUGAGCCACUUAGAAGAAAUUAAUGAUAAAGGGAUUUCUGCACUGGCUGCUGCAAAGUGUUCGGCCAUCCUCUUACCUACAACUGCUUACAUCCUAAGACUUAAGCAACCCAGAGCAAGGGACUUGCUCAAUGCUGGAGUGAUCGUGUCCCUAGGCAGUGACUUCAAUCCCAAUGCAUACUGCUUCUCUAUGCCUAUGGUCAUGCACCUUUCCUGUGUUAAUAUGAAGAUGUCUCUGAAGGAAGCUCUUGCUGCGGCUACGAUCAAUGCUGCCUACUCCCUGGGAAAGUCUCAUACACACGGCUCAUUAGAGGUUGGGAAACAAGGAGAUGUGGUUAUCAUUAAUGCUCCACGAUGGGAACAUGUGAUUUACCAGUUUGGAGGCCAUCAAGAGUUAAUUGAAUAUGUUGCUAUUAAAGGCAACAUUGUUUACAAGAAUGAAAGAAUACUCUCCCUCUAAGAAGUUUGAAACUUUUUGUCAAGAUGUUUUCAAUAUUUACAGCAUAAUGCAAGGAUGUACCUCACUUAAAGGACAACUGCAGCGGCAUUACACUUAUCCCCUAUCCACAGGAUAGGGGAUAAGUGCUUGAUCGCAGGGGGUCCGACCGCUGGGACCCCCCCCCCGAUCUCCCUAACGGGGCGCCGCCACAAGCGCUCAUGGUGAGCGCUAAGGCGCGUAGCGUCGACCUAGAGGUCGACUGUGACGCCCCGUCUCCUCCCCGUCCCCAUACAGUUCUAUGGGGGAUGCGGGAGGCACGAAUGCUGCCUCCACGCCUCUCCCAUAGAGAUGUAUGGAGGAGGCGUGCCGGCCGCAACGUCAUGCUGCGGCUGGCACGCCCCCUGCACGGGAGAGCCGCGGCCCCGUACAGGAGAUCGCCGGGGGCCCCAGCGUUCGGACCCCAUGUGAUCAAACACUUAUCCCCUAUCUUGAGGAUAGGGGAUAAGUGUUUGUAACGCUGCAGAUGUCCUUUUAAUAGAUAAUUUUGGGUGGGUUUAUGUGACUUUUUUGCAUAUAUUUACCCUUUGCAUGUCAUGCAGACUCUGUGGGUGGUCUAUGGCAGUGGUCUUCAACCAGCGGACCUCCAGA